AUGGUCCAUGAGACCAAGGCGGUCGCUCAGGUGAUCCGAGACAUAAGCAAAGCUGUGAGUCAUUGUUCACUAUUCCGUCUUUGACAAAAUUUUUUAGCUUGCCGAGCGAGAUCCAUAUUUCGCUAUGUACACCAUUCCAACUACCACACCGGGGAAGACACACUACGUGAUUCUCGACGAAACCAUCUUCAACGCUCUAACUGGUAACAAUUUUCUACUCACCGUUUUAUCUGCACAAGUUUUUCAGAGUUGGUCGUUGUAGGAUACAGCAUGGAUUCAGACUUGAUGGACAAGACACGUAUUCUAUCGCAGAUCAAGAGCACGGUAUAUUCAUUCCUGUGAGUUUUUACUUCUCAUGAAAGUAUAAGCACAAAACACAUUUUCAGCGAGAAGAGACGUGCGGAGUUCAACAAGAAACACGGAAAAAAUAGUUGUUCCUCAUCUGCCAAGGAUUUCAAGGACGAGCUCACAAGGUAACUUAUUAUACUUCUCAGAAGUUGAAUGAGUAACCCUACUUUUACAGAAAUCCAAAUUUUCGCCAAAACCGGAUCGAGACUUUCGAGGACGAGAGCCAACUUUUCCACGACGACCGUGACUCUUACGUGCCCAAUUUCUAUAAUAUGUGA